GGCUCUGGCUUAAUUCUCCUUCGUCGAAUGACAGGAGGGAGGAAUGAGUGGCGACGGACAUCCUUUUCUGGAGCGGGUAAAGCUACAGGAGGGAGUCCUGGCAGAGUCCAGUUUGCUCCUCUUUUGAGGGGUGAGGGAAAGGAAUUGGCCCCUGUACAUGCAAAGGGCUCCCUGCUUUGCACUUUUUGCUUCCUGAAGCUUUAUUUCCUGAAUGAGCUCUCAAAGCUUUAUUCCUGCUCUCACCUUCAAUGCAUUCAACCCUCCUCAGCCCUAAAAGGGGAAACCUGCCUCUGUCUGAGAGCUGGGUAUCGGCAGACUCUCCGGUGUAGGAAAAAGUUGUCUGGGAUAUCAAAUGAACUGGUAGCUCAUAAAAGCACAGGGCUCACACUCAUAGUUGGUUAUGAAAAGCUCUUGCUAUAGUUUUUAGCCUGGAAAAAAGCUCCAAGUUAUGCAGCUGGGCUGGGUAUUUUAUGUCUCUUCAUUCUAAAACUCUGAAUAACCAAGACUUACUAUGAAACCUGACUUCUGAGAAGUUACAGGAAUUCAGCUGAAUAAAUUUCCCUGGGAAAAGAUGCAAUGCAGAUGAAACUGACCUAAGUAAGAGAAGAAGCAUUGCAUAAAUUUAGAAGAGGAAAUGGCCUAUAUAAAGUGUGUGAGCAAAAACUUGGCAAAACCAGGUAGAGAUGAGCAGAAUAGUGUUUGCAGACAGGUGGAUCUGAGGUGUCUUGUGCAGCUGCCUUUGAGCUGAAAGGAGGCACUGCAGAAGGAGUUGGCUGGUGGGUGUGUUGGGAUGCAAGCCUUGGCACAUGUGCUCUGAAUAAACAGAUACCCUUGCUGAGUAGAUGCUGUGAAAGCCUGCUCAGAGUUGCUGUGUUGGUGUUAGAGGGUGGGGAGUUAAAGGAGAGUGUGGCUCUUGCUUUUUCUUGGCACGGGAGCAGCAAUCAAGUCCUAGAGCUGGCUGUGCAUGGCUUUGGCGGCCAGAACUCUGCUGCAUCACAAGGCCAGUGGUUCUGCUACUGUUGCUGCCUCAUCUCUCUCUGUGUGGUGGGAGCAGCUUUGGAGCCUGGCCUGCAGCCAAGCAGGAUUUUUAUUAAGGGAAUACUCUGUGUUUAAAGUCAGCUGCAAUACAGUUGACUUAAGGGGGAUGUGUGUGAUAAAUCCAUCCAGCGAUUUAUCCAGAGCCAGACCAAAGAGAGUCUGCCAAAAGCAUCCAUCUGAACAGCAGUGUAAGGGCAGGAGUGAUAGGUGCAGUGUUCCAGGAGCUGCCUGGCUGCAGAGGCAAUUCCAGGGCUACAUCUGGCAAAGUGCCCUACAAUGGAUGCAUGGAGGGAGAGAUAGUGCUGCAUCCAUGAAGGAGUGGGCUGGGUGCUAGAGGAGAGGCUGCAGUGGAGGGGCACGUGGCCUGUGCCUUCUGGGAGAAGGACUUGCUUCCAAAGCCUCAGUGAACCUCGAGCAGAGUAUUAGACUAUUUCCCUCACAAGCAAGCAAUGGCUGUGGACGUUGCGAUGCAGCUGUACUUGUGCUCCUCACCUGUGCGAAGAGAGAAGUGUGCCUGCAAAAUUGCUCCAAAGCCAAGCAAGCCACUGCGGCCCUGCAUCCAGCUGAGCAGCAAAACUGCACUGAGUGGACCAGAAGAGGCAGCCAGCUCCUUCACACACAUCAAAGCAAAGAAGAAGGUGUCGUUUGCAGAUAGCAGAGGCUUCUCUCUGACAAUGGUGAAGGUGUUCUCAGAGUUUGAAGAUCCACUAGAUAUUCCUUUCAACAUCACAGAGCUGAUAGACAACAUCGUGGGUUUGACAACAGUGGAGAAGGACAGCUUUGUCCUGGAUUUUGUUCAGCCCUCUGUUGACUACCUGGACUUCAGAAACCGCCUCCAGACAGACUGUGUCUGUCUGGAAAACUGUAUGCUAAAGGAGAAAUCUAUUGUGGGAACAGUGAAGGUGAAGAACCUCGCUUUCGAAAAGACGGUGAAGAUCCGGAUGACGUUUGACACGUGGAAAAGCUUUGUAGACCACCCAUGCCAGUAUGUCAAGGAUACGUAUGGAGGGUCAGAUCAGGACACAUUUUCCUUUGACAUCAGCUUGCCUGAGGGAAUUCAGUCACAUGAAAGAGUCGAGUUUGCCAUUUCCUUUGAGUGCAAUGGGAAGGUGUACUGGGACAACAACAGGGGCACAAAUUACAGGAUCAUACGGUCAGAACUGAAGUCUGCCCAGGAAGCUGUCCGUCCCCCACAGGCUCCUGACUUGGACAGUGCAUUUGAUCAGUUUGGGAGCCCUCGGUGCUCCUAUGGCCUCUUUCCUGAGUGGCCCAGUUAUUCAGGCUAUGAGAAGCUCGGGCCCUACUAUUGACCCAAGGACAAAAGCCAGGCUGACUAACUGUUGCUGGUGUGUCUGCAGGCCUUGGGGCUGGUCUGAACACAGGUGUAUGAAUAGGUGGAAGAAGUAUGGCUCUCUGUAGCUUAGCAUAAGCCUCCCAGCAAAACCAGAUGUGCAGUGCUCCGCUGGCAAGGGGCUUGUAGUCAGAGAAGCAAAUCAGGCUCUCCCAGAUGAUCAGAGGACCAGGGACUGCUCACGUCUCUUCAGCACUUCUUCUUCCUCUUCAGUAAAGAUGCCAGUGUCCAGGGAAACACUUCCAUGCUUAUUACCUGUUCAAGCUGUGUAGUGGUGGCUGCUUUGUAUUGCCUGCCUAGUAUUAAAAGGCUCUUCCAAAAUAUGUCCUAGUAUUAUAUUGUUAGUGGGCUCUAUUACAGCUGCAGGUUUCUCCUUGCAAAGCCAGCCUGUCCCUGUCAGGAAAUAGUGUGGUUGGAUUGCUGGGAAUGGAGUCCUCUUUGCACAUGUCCUUGUAGUGAGGCCCUUCUUACUGGAGGCAGAAAGCAUGUUUUGGAAGUGAAAAUGCAAUGUGAUGACAGGAAGUAUGGCCCUACAGCCUGCCAUAUUAGGAGAUGUGCCUGUGGGAGAGGAUCUGAUGUGCUUAGUCACUGGUUGUUAUAUCAGAUGAUCUUGAAAAUCUCUCAUACCAUUGGUGUUACCAAAAAUAGAGAUUAGCUGUAGCUCUGUGGUGCUUGUAACACAGCUGUGGGUUGACAUCCUUGGCUGCCUUCUUCAAAACCUUCCUGUUUCUUUAAUCACAAGUGAUCAAUGAUGCUUUUUCCCCUUGAUGGACAUCUGAAGUUGGCUGUGCUGGACCCUGAAAAUGUAUUUCAUCCUCCUGUGGACUGUAAACUAGGGUUUUGUCCAGCUGGGGCCCAGGGUCCUGUGCAGGAGACUCUGCUGGGGUGUUACAGGAGCUAAACACAAACAGACCCCAUGGCUGUCUGUGUUGUGUCCUGUACAGGAAGGUGACUGUUGUGUACCUACCAUGGUGGAAGUGCCUUGACAGAGAAAGGGGUGGUAUGUGCAAUCCCAGCAAUGCUUUGGGAUGAACAGGCUUUGGAAUUGGUGCUGCUUUUAAGAUCUGGUGAUGGUUUGCUACUCCUGUGCCAUGGACUGCUUGGCAGAUAAAGGUGUAGCACUGCUCACAUCUGAGGGUGCUGUGGCUGUCCUGGAUGAACGUGCUUGGGCGUCCCUUGCUGCUGGAGCAGUAUCUGCCAGUUUGACCUGCAAAUGCCCAGACUUUGCAUUUCUGACCAUAAAAAGUAGCUCACCCCACCUAUGCAAAGAACUAGCCGUGAGGAGAAUGAGAUGUGGGGUUAUCCUGACAGCACCCCUGCAUGUGAGACAAAUCACAGAUGUGAACCAUCCUGAUUAAAGAGGUGUCUCGUCUUCUGGAUGUGUGCUGAGGUGGUGAGCUCAGCAGUGCCAAACAGCCUCACAGAGCUUCUUGGGUGCUAACUGAGCAGAAUAACUUAAUCCCUCAGCUCAAAAGAGAGUGCUGAGCAAUUGGUAGAAAUAGAGGUCAAGGGAAUACUACUUUUUCUAAUGCAUAAGCUUUAUAUAAUUUUGUGUGCCUCUAGUAGCCUGUGGAUGUGCUGGAGACAAGCAACAGGCUAGACUACUUAACUUUGGUAGCAUAGCUUUUAAUUCUGGAGACUACUGUAUAAAUACUUAGAAGCUGUUUUACUCUAACCUAGAAGGGAUACUGGGAUCACUGUUGGAUAUCAAAAGGGACAGGAGCUUGCAGGAAGAAUAGCUGGCCUUCAACUGCUGCUUUUCCAAAAUACAGAAUCAGUAUGUGUCUUCACUGUGCCUGAUCACUUAGUCGAGGUGGUGAAUCUACCUGCUAGCCCAGAGCUCAUCAUGUUUGGUUCCUCUAUUCAAACAUCUUCCCAAGUCAGCCCUUAGAGCCUGCAUCUGGUCUCUCUGUAAGGGACUGUUGCCUAGCUUGGCAAACUGAAGGCAAGUUUGAGUGACACUGAUACUUUUUAUUUAUUUAGUGUAUGGUGUUGAUGUUGUAAGACACUAACUGUAGAAAAGUCCUGUUCUCCUGGCACCUUCUUGUGCCUAUGGAGAGCUGUUUGGGAGCCAAAACAAGGCAUGUGGGUCUGGGGUGCUGUGGAUGGUGGUAUCUCCGUGCAGGCUUGUUUUCAGGCUGGGCAUCAGGUGUGCUUAGGGAGGAACAUGGAAGAUAAGCUAGAAGAGCAGUGCCAUAAGUAAAGUUAGGCUGGGAACUGACUAUUUGAUCAAUAGCAGUUUAAAAAUACUACUUGUGGCCUUUCCCCUUUUCCCUUUUUCCAUUGCCAAUGUGAACAUAGAAGUGAGGGGGUUGCUCUCCUUGCUCUGUGCCUGGAAGUGCCUUGUAGGAUGUUUUGCAUGUUUGUUUUUAAAAGAUAUUUUUGUACACAACAUUCAAGUGGAAAAUGCACUUUAUAAUUGCCAUGUAAUGACUCUUUUAAAAAUAUGGCUCUGUUUUUAUCUGAUUGUUAAAAUAAAGGUGGA